AGUCAGUGGAACUGAAGAAAUGAAAUGGAUCGCCUGUCCCCGUCCGUCGCCUCUGUUUGAACGAACUUUAGGCUCAAGAACCGGCACUGAGAGGGCCUUCGGGAAGCGACGCUGGGGACUGGAUCUAGGAAGAAACACGGCUCCAGCGUAACCGUGUGCGAUCGAGAAGUCGGCGACCAUCGGGACCCCAGAGAGAUGGGCCUGCUCACCACCUAAAAAGCCCCUUUCAUGGUCUGACCAACCAGCAACAUGGCAACGAGUGCAGUCCCCAGCGACAACCUCCCCACGUACAAGCUGGUGGUGGUGGGAGAUGGGGGUGUGGGCAAGAGCGCCCUCACCAUCCAGUUUUUCCAGAAGAUCUUUGUGCCUGACUAUGACCCCACCAUCGAAGACUCCUACCUGAAACAUACAGAGAUUGACAAUCAAUGGGCCAUCUUGGACGUUCUGGACACGGCCGGGCAGGAGGAGUUCAGCGCCAUGCGGGAGCAGUACAUGCGCACAGGGGAUGGCUUCCUCAUCGUCUUCUCGGUCACGGACAAGGCCAGCUUCGAGCACGUGGACCGCUUCCACCAGCUCAUCCUUCGCGUCAAGGACAGGGAGUCAUUCCCCAUGAUCCUCGUGGCCAACAAGGUCGAUCUGAUGCAUUUGAGGAAAAUCACCAGAGAGCAAGGAAAAGAAAUGGCGACCAAACACAAUAUUCCGUACAUAGAAACCAGUGCCAAGGACCCACCUCUCAACGUCGACAAAGCCUUCCACGACCUGGUUAGAGUCAUUAGGCAACAGAUUCCCGAAAAAAGCCAAAAGAAGAAGAAGAAAACCAAAUGGCGGGGAGACCGGGCCACGGGCACCCACAAACUGCAGUGCGUGAUACUGUGAUGGCCCGAGGCCCUGGGCACAGUGACCGGGAACUGGCCAGCCCUCGGGACCCCUCCACUGCCUAACUGCAUCGAAGACCAUUCUAACCAUGACCCUUGGCCCGAGGACUUGGCACAGAAAGGGAGAGAGGGAGGGUGGGUAGGGAGGAGGUAGGGUCUGGCUUUUUUGGAGGGGCACGGGUGGCCCGGAGUCUCACCAGAAACGAGGAGGCAGCGGUGAGCAAAGCAGCCUCCAAGCCCCCGUGUUGAUACAGUCUGGUCCCUCCCUCUCUCGUGGCUGUUGUUUCUCUGAACUCCACAGUGUGGGUUUGAUGUGGAAGUGUUUCUCCACGUACAAAAACAAGCCAUGAUCAAGCUCCCCCCAUCCCCACCCCCAGUCCACAGUGUCUGAGCCUGGGUGUCUUUUGUAGGUUUUUAAAUUAUUUUAGGGAUUAUUAUUUUAUUAAAGGGGUCUGUACCCACUGCCUGGUGAAGUUUCAAGUCUUCAGCAGACCUCUCCGAUAACAUGUCUGGAAUAUUGUGGGUUUUUUUUCAAACUGAAUUUUCCCAGCCGUGCCAAAACUCAACUCAUUAUGAAAGUAGAGUGACUGAGAGAUUGGGAAGUUCACAGGGAUGCUGGCUGGAGGUUCAAAAGAAACAGACCCCACUCACAGCCUGUAAACUGUACAGAAGAGAGAUGUGUUUACCCAGAAGGCUUUACUGUGGUUCAGGAUACAGAUAUUAUGAAACAAAAUUUUAUUUUGCUGAGGAGAGAGGCUGGCACAUCGGUUUUUAAAGGGCUUCGCCUUAACCUGGAGAUGUAUAAACUAAGCAAACUGA